AUGCCUAUAAAUAAAUAAAAUUUUCGCAAUAAGCGGUAAAAGAAUAGGUAAAAUGAUAAAUAAGAAACGUGAAGACGUUUAGUCUUUGUAACGUUACCGCACAGGGCGUUGAAUAUACCUUUUAAAACAUUUUCUAAUGUAGAUAAUCAUCUGGGACUUGUUUUUACCUGAUUGAAAUUGGAGUUAGUGCACCCCAUUUGCGCCUCCCCAUAUCAACCUAAAUUUAGAUUUUCAGUUUAUAUCGGAUAGCGUCUACAAGAUGGACACCUUCGCGAACGUGAUUAGGGGAACUUCUCUGGUGGAAAUUCUGCAGAUUUCCACAUGCACCUUCGCGGGGAUUUUCAAUGGAUUUGGUUUGUACUCUGCCGUCGUCGAGGGACCAAGUCGUGCCAGUCUGCCGCUGCGCUCACGCUGGGAACAAUGGGCUAAUAGCUUUAGAAUCGCAGCAAAACAAAUAGGCUUUAUUUCCUUGAGUAUGGCUGCCAGCUCUGGUGGGGUGUACUAUCUGAGUCCUUCCUCACCGGUGCGGAGCCUGUGGCUGGUUCCAGUCGGAGCUAGUCUCUUUUCCCUCUUCUACACUGUCUUCGUCAUGGCUCCUGAUAUUAAAAUUCUCUUGGAAAAUGACGUCAUCACGAAAAAGGGUCACCAGUGGGUUGAGAAAACAAUCGGGCGUUUGAGGAAACGUAACUACGCACGCGUGGUGGUGAUUGGGGUGGCAUACUUGGUUUCUAUUUACGCAGCUGUCAAAUCCUAGAUGUACAUCACGACCUGUUUCUGUUCUUUUAAAGACAGAAAGAUUAACCUGAUAUUUAUAUAUGUCGUAUAUUUUAUGUUAUGUACUCGUAAUAAGUGUGUACAACACACGACAUAUCAUGUGAUAUACAACUACAUGUACAUGUACCUGCAGAACUGUUGCUCUCUGGGAAAAUAUUGGGACAGAUCAGAGAGCUACAGAUCCACUCAUUAUUAAAACUUUCGAUUUAUGGCCCUCAAAAACACGUGCAUUGUUGAGGCCUGAUAUCGCGAUAUCCUUGUAUCACCGUCUCAUAAAUUUAAUAUAAAAAUAUCUAACAUUAUAUCACAUUUAUGAGACAUCACAGUUCUGCAGCUAAUAUGCAAAGUGCUUGAAUGUGUAUCUUUUUUAUUUAUUUUAUUCACUGACAGAUUUCUUUCACCCAAGACUUGAUAGAUCAUAAAUUUGCAGGGAAUAUGUCAAGAGUUGAAGAAAUCUAUUUCACUAUUUCAUGAACUGUAAGGGAACAUAUUCACAUGUGACGUUUCAUUCAAAUUGUUUGUUGUUUUUAGAUAGUCAAUAAAAACUUCAUUCUUAAUA